UGAGCCGCACACAGCUGGUGGAAUCCGGGAGCGGCUGCUGGCUCUCGCUCUCUCUGGCUGCCUCAGAGCGCCCUGUUGGCUGUUGCCAGGAGCGGAGCGAGUAGGAGGACCGGGCAGCGUGGGAAGGGAGCCGGCGCGAGCAGGCGGAGCCUAGCCGCUUGCCCUCCACAGAGCUGCCGCAGCCGAGCACCGACGCGUUUGGCCAGUGGGAGCUGGAGCCCGAGCUGGAGCCGCAGGGGCGCCGUCUAGGAGCCCGAGCCUUAGCCCAGACGGGAGAUGGAAGCCGAAUUGAGACCAACCCAGGAAGAACCCCGAGCCCGCAUCUCACAAGACUCCGUCACCCAGACGUCCUGGACUACCAAGGCGGAGGACUCGCAAACCUCUUUCCUACAGUCCUUGAGGGACUCCGAAAUCCUGCGGAGCACCAUUCUGGACGUGUACUCCCAGGCUUCCGACGCCCGGACCCUGAAGGACUCCGAGGUCCAGCCACAGACUCUCGGUCACCGGGUGCAUCGGGUCACCUCCUCCCAAAAGCGAAGCGACGAGCGGCAGCACCCGCGAUCCUCAGCCCACAAUAAGUUUCGGCCCUCAGAAGCCCGCGAGUCCCAGACCUCCAUCAAACUAAACUCUCUGUUCUUCGGCGAGCGUCGCUCGCGGAGCUCCAUUGGCAGGGACUCCAAGACCUCUAUCCUUCGGGCCUCCCAGAGCAACGUCGCCCAGGACACCCAGGACACCCAGGACGCCCACGACUACAUCGGCCAGAGCUCCAGGACCUCUAUCCCUCGGGCCUCCCAGAGCAGCAUCGGCCUGGACGGCCAGACCUCCGUCCCUCAGACCUCCGGGGCCGACAAAAUUGCCCAGAACGUGGAAGCUCAGGACUCCCACAGCAGCGAGGGUUUGGGCCCUGUCCACCAUAGGAACACAGGCAGUCGCCGCCACCACUCAGGGUACUUGGCCGAUGAUGAAGGCACCCUGGGACCCCCGCGGUUUCAGGUGCACAAAAGGCCAGUGUGUGCUGAAAUGGGACCCCCAUACAAGGUGCACGGUCCCCUGCGACCCCCCUGUCCGUUCCAUAUUCCCAUGCCGCCUCGGCCCCAUGGCCACAAGAAGCCCCCCAAGGCUGAACCUUUCUCAGAAUUCUUGGACUUUCUGGCCACAAGCCCUGUGCUGGACAGUCUCCAGCUGGUAGUGGAUGAGGCCUCCAGGAAAGUGACCCAGCUGCGCACAGAGGCUGGUGUGCCCCUGGUCGAUGUGGAGAAGGGCCCCAGCCGGAAGGCGAAGGAGCAAAGGGACGCCCUGGAAGCUGCCCGAAGACUCCGCAGGGGUCACCCUCACUUUUACCCUGGCUUCCCCAACAACUAUCCAUCCAGCUCCAGUUCUGACUCCAACCUCUAUGACAGCCGAGAUGACUGCAGGGCCUCUGCUGACCUGCGUGGCAGAGGCAGCCUGGGCAGGAUCUUUCUGAAUCCUCAGUGGCGGUGCCCAAAGGUCUCCCGCUAUGAGCGUUGGAGUCCUGUCUCCCGCCUCCCACCCAUCCGAGAGAAGUUUCAACUAGAAAGAGACUUGAGGCAGAUUCUUAGGAAGAAAAGCAAAGAUCCCAUGUCUUCUCACAAAGAGGACUUCUUCCUCUGGAAGAGGUCCUUGGACCCACUGGACCUGGUGUUGUCCAGGGGGCAGAGGCUGGCAUGUCUGUCCAAGCUCCUGGAACCUGUUCGGAGAAAGUCUUAUGAGAUGCCCAGCCUGCUGAAGAUCUUCAGUGCUUUGGACAAGGCCAGUAGGACCAAGGCUUCCAGCCCACUGGGCACGUGCAGCCCUACCUGGAAGCCCAGCACGACCCAGAUGCCCAGCAUGACCCAGAUGCCCAAAAUGACCCAGAUGCCCAGCCCUUUCCGUUUACCCAGCCCGUCUUCCAUCCCCAGCCCUCCAUCACUUCCCUGCAUGGCCAACAAGUCUACCCAGACUGAAGGGUACUCCACCAAGAGUCCCAGCUCCCUGAAGCACAUUCCCGUGUGCCAGAGCGGUGACAUGGAAAAAGGCAUCCAGACAGAGGGGUACUCCACCAAGAGGCCAAGCUCCCUGAAGCACAUUCCCGUGUGCCAGAGAGGUGCCAUGGGAAAAGGCACCCAGACAGAGGUCAGCUGCUCCACAGAAACGCCCAGCAUCAUGGAGCAGGAGCUGGCCUUCAUCAAACAAGAGCUCGAGAAGGAGCUGGUGGAGCUGCUGCUGGGCUUCCUGAGCUCAACGUCGUCCUCCUCCUCCAUGGAGCUGCCUUCCUACUGCCCCACGAAGGAGCCCUUCCACACCCUAGACUUCCUGGCAGAGCACCAGCUCUUCCCAGCCCUUCAGGACGUGGUCACCCAGGCCGUGCUCAAACUGAGGCUUGCACAGCGCCGGGACGGGGUUCCCCUCUUCCCAGCGAUGCAGCCAGAGACCGAGGGUGGGGAGGAAGAGGAGGAGGAAGAGGGGGAGGAAAAGGAGGAGGAAGAGGAGGAGGAAGAGGAGGAAGAGGAAGAGGAAGAAGACGAAAGGGACCCAAAUGGCAGGCUGUGGGAGCGCAUCACCCACAAGGCCGUUUGGUACUUCCCAGACAGUUCUUCCAAGGACGACAGCAAAACGGCCCAGAGCCAGCAGGCCAAAACCCAAGAGCAGCAGACUGUGCUGUCCCUGUCCUUGCCUCUCCCCGGUGCUGUCUCCGCCCGGCGUCGCAGAGAGAAGGCCCAGGCUGAAGCCCAGGCGCUGGCAGAGGCCAACGCCCAGGUUCAGGAGGCCAGAGCCCUGUCUCAAAUCAGAGCCAGAAUCAGGAAGGAUUCCGACACUAUGAGACAGGCCAGGUACCAGAAGUUGACCAGGACCCUCAGGAAGCUGCCCUCUGAAAUCUCCACCAAGUCCCACAAGUCCCUCAUGUCUCACUUCUCACUCCUCAACCCCAAGAAGGAGUAUAUGGUUCAGUUCCUCAUGGACCAAGCCAUGAAACUGCUCAUCUGCAAGUAUAACUAUGAGAAGGGCCUGGCAGAGAAGCUUGGCUUUAUCUCCUUCUCUGUCACUGACACCCUCAUUGACCUCAUCCUCGGUUACAAGAAAAUCAAGGGUCCAAGCAUCCAUCUCUCCUCUCAGGUCAACUGGCCCUGCAUGCUGGACAAGCUGGAGAAGGCUGAGCAGGCAGCUAUCUUUGCACCCUUGAAGAAGAAGAAGAUCACUACCACCACCACUACCACCACCUCCUCAUCCUCUAGCCGCCACUCUUCUCGGAUUUCCACCAAGUCUUCAACAAAGUCCUUCCAGUAUCCUUGGUCCUUGCAUAGACCAUCUGCCAGGUCUUCUAGGCCCUCUGUGGUGCCAGGGGCAACACCAAAGACUUCCUUCCCCACCACAAGCAUGUCGUCCAUCCUUCCUACUUCAGACAGCCAAAGUCAGGAGUCCGAGACCUUGUCCAAGGCCCACUCUCUGGAUUAUUCCAGAAAAACUUCAUCAAAAGUCUUUAAGCCUUCAGAAAUCCCAGAGAUUUAUAUUGAGGGGAAAGAUGAGGAGGGGAAAGUUGAGGAACAGAAUGAGGAUGAGGAGGAAGAGGAGCAUGAGGAUGAAGAUGAGGACUAUGAGAAAGAUGAGGAAGUGGAGGAGGAGGAGGAGACUAAAGAUAAGGAUAAGUAUGAGGAUAAGGUUGAGACUAAGAAUGAAGGCAUAGAGGAAUAUGAGGAUUUCUAUGUCACGGAGAUGGAAGAUGCUGAGGAUGCCGAACAGGGAGACAGUGCAGAGUAUGAGGAAACCAAUGAGGCCUCUGAGGAUGCUGAGGAGGAAAUGUCCUAGGAGUCCCUGCCAACAGAAAGGCCUCCUCCACUGUCCCUGCCCCACCCCACUGUGCCUAAUAAAUCAA